UUAGGGCCACCCGAAUCUGGCCAAAUGGAUCCCAUAGAUUGGGAUGACAUUGUAGAGUUUGAAGGCCCUGCUCAUGAACUUGAGUAUGACAUGGUUUGGAACGAUGGAAUCGAAGGUGCUUUUUUCAGUCUGAUUUCUGUUUUCCCAAGCCUUAAUUCUUUCUAUGUUCUGAUUUCAAUCAUUCUUUCCAUUACAGACCAAGCCGGUCACGAGGAUGUCAUGCAAGCAGAUGCCGUGCAAGCAGAUGCCGUGCAAGGAGAUGGUGUGCAUGUAUCUCCAGACAUGGUCUCAUUAACAUUUCUGCAAGGUGCAUCAACAUUUCUGGAACGUGCAUCAACAGCAACAGUUGAAGGUUCUAGUGCCAACAAAAGGAGAUUCUAUUCGGAUGAUUUAAAGAUCUCCAUAUACCUAGAGUUAUUGGCAAAAACUGAUCCUCCUAUUUUACGUCGUGGGGUUUCUAAGGGAGUUGCACGUAAAUUUGAUGUGCCUCUAAGAGUUGUGCAGUCCAUUUGGAAAAACGGACAAGCUGGUGGAAUAAAUGGUAUUGUAAACAAGUGGGCCAGGAAUUGUGGUAGAAAAAGAAUAGAAAUAGACAUGGAAUCCAUAAAAAAUGUGCCUCUUAGGCAGCGCACCACUUUUAAGGAUCUUGCUGAUGCAUUAGGUGUUAAGAAGAGCACACUUCAUAACCUUCAAAGAAGGCUAUUUUUGUCGGCACACUAA